ACAACAGUUUCAAAAUCCCUUGUUCCUCCUAUCAAUGUCUCACUACCGAACAACUUACCAUUCGGAUUUCAGCACUCCACCUGCAGAUGUUUUCGACGAUCAAGAUCAACCUAGACAUGGAAGCCAUCGUUACGCGGAACCCUGCAGCCAGUGUCACCGAAUUUGCAGGUGCGUCCGAACGGGUAGAAACGUAUCACAAAUCGAACCACCAUCGCGUCGAUCUUCUUGCUGCAGCACCAAUUCUCGGAUCCGCUCGAUCCGACAGCUGGAUUACACCAGUCCACCAAGUUCUUCAGUGGCUCGACGUGACUGCCAUUGCCGAUGCAAGUGUUGCAACGCCCCCAAACAGAAACAUUCGGUGGACCGACUUUCGCCAACACUUAUGAGAAGACCACGAGCAGAUUCCUAUCAAAACUUUCACGGAUUGAGCCAUGACAGUUUCAAACGUUUAAGUGCUGAUGUAUGCCGCUGUCAGAGACCGAAGCGAGUUUCCAAUGCGGAGUCUCAGUGCAUCAGCUGCAUGUUGAGAAGCGAAGAUCCGAUUAAACGUCAUCGUAUGGAUAGACCCAUUUCCAGGUUGAGCUUGUGUCGUUCUUACGAUAACAACGAGCCAACCUGUACACCAAACCGAUCUACAAGUAGGCUACGAUUUAGUGACCAGACAAGCGUGACAAGCGAAACAAAUCAACAAACUGCUGUAGAAGAAGCUGCAACCCAAGAAGAUGUACACGAAAAAGUUUAACCGUUACGAUGAGCUGCUAAAUUCCACGUAUUUUAUGUCCUUCGGGCAGGGGAAUAAAUCAAAAUCUGUUUCGCUCGAACAUCGAGACCUCUACAUCCGAGCUAUGACAACAACAUUUCGCAUGGCUCAUCAUCCGUUUGAGAACAAGACUUGUCCCCGGAAGCAGCUGCCCUGUGAAGUUCCAGUUGAAAUUUGUUGUACUUGUCCUGUUUAGUUACAAGAAUUUCCAGAAACGUCAGGAACCAAGAAAUGGAUAAAAAUGCAACUUUAAAACGACAUCCAGUCAAGAAGAAUUAUUAAACUGUUUUACUGGAGAAACCCCC